CACGGAGAGGCCCUACGAGGCGUGUGCACCUUAGAGAACGGGCCGCACCCGGAAUCUGCAGCCUCCGUGGGGCCAGCGGGGCGUUUACUGCAAACUUUCCUGGCAUCUGUGGGCUCGGAAGCAUAAAAACUGUGCCAGGGUUUCUGCAGCCCUGCGCACCUAGCAUGGAUCUUAGUGGCUCUCCUCAAGAUCCUGAAAUAAAGGAAUAUUCUCCAGUCUGUGUUGGCAGAGAAGAUGACAUUAAAAAAAUGGAAAGAAUGACAGCUGUUGUCCAUGACAGAGAAGUGGUUAUUUUCUACCACAGAGGGGAAUAUCAUGCUAUGGAUAUUCGCUGUUACCAUUCAGGAGGACCUUUACAUUUGGGAGAAAUAGAGGAUUUUGAUGGACGAGCAUGUAUAGUUUGCCCCUGGCAUAAAUAUAAAAUUACUUUGGCAACAGGAGAAGGACUGUAUCAGUCAAUAAACCCCAAAGAUCCAUCAGCAAAACCCAAGUGGUGCUCCAAAGGAAUAAAGCAAAGGAUUCAUACGGUGACAGUGGACAAGGGGAAUAUCUAUGUGACUCUUUCUAAUGAAUCUUUUAAAUGUGACUCUGAUUUUUAUGCCACUGGAGACUUCAAGGUAAUUCAGACUUCUUCCUGAUAAAUUAUAUGGCAAUGACAAUUGUAUAUAUUUUAAAAAUAUUUUUAAAAUAAUUAUGUCUCAAUGCUAAGGAUGAUUCUUUGUCCAACAUAGAUGUAUUUUAUUACUUUUAAACUCAGUGAAACCAAGAGAUUUAAAGGCACAUAUACUUAGUAUGAUGUAAGGAUUAUCAGGAUCUGUUAAAUAUAUUUCAUCCUCUAGAUUGAUUAGAAGGUUAUAGAUUUAGAAUGUGCAGUUUAAUAAGGAUGAAAGAAAGUAAUGUGGAAUAAUCUAAAAUGAAAGGGUAAAAAAGAAAGGUCUCAUGAGAAAAUAUGUUGCCUGGAAAAAGAAAUUCCUAUUUAAUAUACAGACCAGACUUUAUUAUGGAAAAGUGUCAAUAUAUACAAAGUAAAUAGAAUAGUGUAGUCAUCCAACUUCAGUUCUCCACCUUCCUAUUAUUAUUAUUAUUACAUUUUAAGGUAAAAUUUAAAUAUGCUGAAAUGCUUUAAUCUUGUUUAAUUCUUCAAAAUAUAUAGUUUAUAUUUUAGACUUUAAAAAAAACUCUCCCCAAAUGAGAUCAGUUUAUACACUGAAUCUAAAAAUAAGAAAUCAAUGCUCUGGACACCAAAACUUGAUUCAAUAAACUUGACUCACUUUCUCUCUGGUAUAGUCUCCCAUUCAUUGAGCCAAAGUACAUUGAAUGCCUAUAUGAAAUUUUCAAAUAAAGUGUUUUUAAAAU